AUGUGGGACUUCAACUCAGCUUCUCCGUUGAGUCUGGCUGUCUCCGGGACGCAGGCACCUGCUUGCACACCUCCACGGUGGCGAUCCCGCCCCCUUAGUAGCGUCCUUAGCUCGGCACUUCUUACAGGGAAGUUCCUCUUGGCCCAGACCCUCGUCCUAGGCCCCGCGUGGUGGGGGAAGCGAAAGGGGCAGUGUGGGGAAGUGGCCGAAGGGUCGGGUCCGGGGUGGUCUGCAGAGAGGCAGGCGGCGGUGCGGAGCCGGGAACCACGCGCUCACCCGCGGAGUCCGACGGGCCCGGCGGGGGUGGGCGAGACACUGGGAACAGCGGCCAGCUCCAGAGGGCGCGAGGCGGGGCGCGCGGGGAGGGAGGGGGGCGCGGCGAACGCGCGCGUGCGCAGGUCGCCUCGGCGGCGAGCAGCACGGCGGGAACAUGGCGCGCGGAACUGGCGCGCGCGCCUAGCUGGCGGGACCGUUAGCUCGAGGCGGACGCGGCCCGGACCCGGUGGAUAUGGAGCAGUCGUCGCUGCCGGCGCCCAAGCCGACCCAAGGGCCCACCGCCGCAAGGAGCUGAAGGAGGCGGGAGCCCCAGUCGCCGCGGGCGUCGGCGCCGUCAAAGAAGAUGGCCAUGGAGACAGCAGUGUGGUCAGAGUGGUAGGAGCUGGCCAUCGGCGAGAGCUGCUCCAUGUCUGGCUGCUGGGUGCUAGAGCCUGUGGCCCACUGGCUUGCCUCACUGUGGUUGGUGGUGGCGGUGACAGAGACUGCAGCAUGACCAGAGUGGCUUUUCUGGCUUUGCCCACCCAACUGCUCCGUGCCAGGAGGAGGAGGAGACACCUAGAGCCUGCGACACCACGACUUGCCUCACUGUGGGUGGGUGGCAGCGACAGAGACUGCAGUGCACCAGAGCGUUCUAGAGUGUAUGAAGAACCAAACGAUGUAACUGUAUGCGACCUGGCUGUAGUGGAACAAAUUUGACUCUUAAGUAUGCAGGCUCUAAUUUUCCUGUCUGGUUUUGCCCCCGCAUCACCCAACCAACCAGCAGAGAUCCUCAUUCCCAUGAAACAGAUAAAGAAACUGAGGCCCAGGGAGGCUAAGUCCUGCCAGGAUCAUUCACCUUCCAAGCAGCCAAGCAAGCACUGGCUGUGACAGAAGCAAGAUUAAAACAGUUACAACUCACCCAGUUCACAGACGCUGAGUAACUGAUCUCCUGCCCCACCAACCUUAAUGACAGCUUUCACUGGACAAGGGACUGAUUUCAGUAACUUUCUCCUGAUAAGAGACCAUCCUCCAUGGACUGGUUCUGGCCAGUUUUAGAGGCUGUGCCUUUACAGAGGCUGAGUACCUUCAUGUCCCUGCUUCACUUUCUGAUGUGUAGGGCCUAAUUAUAAUACACUUAAAUGUCAAGUCUCCACCCCAGAAUGAACAUGCAUGUUUAUUGAAUAUGCAUCUGUUACCUCCUCUCUAAUGAGUAUUCUCAUAAAAUGAUAUAGCUCCUCUGAUAUCCUAUUGAGUAUGUAUAUGUAGCCAACUCAUUCAGCUCAAAUUCCUGUCCUCUCCUUCCCUCCCUGGAAAUGCCUGCCUCUGGCCUUGGCUGCAGGCCACACUUCCCAGCCUGUCAUAAGGGCCACCUUGCAGGCUGCAAACCUUUAUAAGAAAUAAAGCUCUCUUUUCUAAGUUU